GGAAAUAGCAUUAGCUUCUUUUUGUAAAAUGUUGGCAAGAUAUAGGAUAAAUAGAUGGAAGAGUACUCCAGUCCAAAGCAGUAAAAACAAAACAAAAAAGCAGUAAAAAAGAAGAAGAAAAACUAAGCUCGUAGGGAGGAGAAGAAGAUCAAGAAGAUGAGCACCACCAUGAAAAUCGUGUCUCUAGCUAUGCUACUUGUUCUUCUGUUUACUAUUGAUGUUGAAGGUUCCGACAACAGUUCGUUGUGCUGUAAUACACAUCCGAAAUUUGGACCAUGCAAAAUUCCCCAAGACAAUGAGAGAUGCAAUACUUGGUGUCUUCAAGGAUGUGACAACAAGAAAGGCGGUUUUUGCAAACCACUUCCUACUGGAUCAAAAUGCCAUUGUUUCUGUUAACAACAAUAUGUUUUUACGAUUUGCGUUUGUGUCCAGUACAACUACAUUUACCCUCUAUAAACUAUCUUGUCAACGCAGAUCUAUAUUUUCAGUGUAAUAAACCUACAAAAGUAAAAAAUAAAGAGUUUUUUUAAUGGCUU